AUGGUCUUUGCUUGGCUCAGCAAUGCUCCGUCCAAAGACAUUGUUGAUAGUGCCUUACAUUGUGGCACUGCUAGGGACCUAUGGAGAGAUACAGAGGAAAGAUAUGGGCAAUCUAGUGUUAGUAGGUAUUAUCAGAUUAAGAGGAAAAAUACAGGGGUCUCUCAGGGCUCCUCCGAUAUUGCUAGCUAUUAUACCAAUCUUAAGAAACUCUGGGAUGAGCUUUUAGUCCAGCCUACACUUGUGGAGCUGAACCACAGGAAGGCAUAUUCUAUUCUUUUUCAUGAUGGGAGUCAAAGUGGAAUUAAGUCUUCUGGUAGUCUUUUUGCAUCAGAAUCAGCUUCUUUCUCUGUGAAGUCCUCUCCUACCUCUGGUCAGUUCAACAAUACCUCUGCUCAGUUCAACAAUGGGCACAAACCUUAUCCUCAGAAGGUCAACAUUGAUGCCAAGAGGGGAAAUCUUGUGUGCGAACACUGUAAAAAGCAUGGGCACUUUGUUGAGAAAUGUUAUAAACUACAUGGGUUCCCAAGUGACUUCAAGUUCAUCAAGGGAAGAAAAUCUUCUGCUUGCACUCAGGUUGACCUUCCUGCUUCAGAAUGUCAGAACUCUUCUGAGAAUGUCAACCCCUUAUAA